CUGACACCACAUUUGUUUUUUAGACCAUAAGUAGCAUGGAAGAAUCACCUGAUCCUCCAUUUGUGGAGACAUACAAAAAUCUUUUAGAUACCAAUAUACUCAAUGAAGAACAUAAUGACCUAUUCAUGGUGGAAGAAUGUGAGUUGCCUUUGAUAAAUCUUCAUGAACUUAAAUACGGAGACAAAUUGGAGAGAGAAGAAUGCAAGAAGAAGAUAGCCAAGGCAUCGCGAGAAUGGGGUUUUUUCCAAGUGGUGAACCAUGGAGUUUCACCCAAUAUUUUGGGAGAAAUGAGGACGGAGCAAGUCAAGCUUUUCAAGAAAACGUUUAAUGAGAAGAUGAAUAUUGACAAGAGUCUCAAUUUCUCCCAAGGAAGUUACCGUUGGGGAACGCCAACAGCCACUUGCCUUCGGCAGAUUUCUUGGUCUGAAGCUUUUCAUGUACCUCUCUCUGAUGUUUCAAAGGGUUUCAGCAGCCUCAGCUCUACCAUGGAAGAAUUUGCAACAACACUAUCUGAAUUAGCACAAGAAUUAGCAAGAUUAUUAGCAGAGGAAUUGGGAGAUUAUAAUUAUAAGUUGGAUUAUUUUAAAGAAACAUGUUUGGCAAGUACUUGUUACCUAAGAAUGAAUAGAUAUCCAGCAUGCCCUAUUUCACCACAACUCUUUGGAUUAAUGCCACAUACUGAUAGUGACUUCCUCACAAUAUUGCAUCAAGAUGAGAUUGGAGGCUUGCAAUUAUUUAGAGAUGGCAAAUGGAUCUCUGUUAAGCCUAAUCAUGAAGCACUUAUCAUUAAUAUUGGAGAUUUAUUCCAGGCAUGGAGCAAUGGUGUUUAUAGAAGUGUUGAACAUAGAGUUGUGACAAAUAAAUUUAAAGAGAGAUUUUCAACUGCAUUUUUCUUAUGUCCCUCUUAUGACACAGAAAUACUAAGUUGUGUUGAACCUUGUCUUUAUAGAAAAUUUACAUUUAGAGAAUUCAGACAACAAGUCGAAGAGGAUGUCAAGAAUUUUGGUUAUAAAAUAGGUCUUCCUAGGUUUCUUGUAUCAACCAACUAGAACACACACAAGUUAAAUUACGGAAGAUUUGAUUUUGUAGCCCUUUAUAAA